AUGGAAUACAAACAUUUCAGCCAUGAGCAUACUUUGAAUCUCUACAGGGUUCAGGCAGGGCAACAAUUUCGAUGCCAUGGAUGUCAAAAGAUGUGCAAUGAUUCGAUAUAUGCUUGUUGGAGGUGCAACUUCUUUCUCCACGAGCACUGUGGGAAUGCAAAUCGCUACGUUAAACAUCCGUCCCACCGGUUGCACCCUCUUGUCCUCGUCCCGAGCCCAACCUACUGCAGUGGCUCAUUUUUGUGCAAUGGAUGUGGUGCACCCGGAAAUGCCUUCUCCUAUUGUUGUCCUCUAUGUGAAGUCGAUCUUCAUGUACAUUGUGCGUAUUUACCACCAAAUGUAAACCACAAAGUGCAUCAGCACGAGCUUAUAAUUAAUUUUACCACGGGAGAGCAAGCAGGAAAUCUUGAUCAGCAUUGCAAAAUAUGCACAAAACAGUUGAAUUCAAAAAAUUGGUCCUAUAUUUGUUCUAGAGGGGAGUGUGAUUUCAGGGUGCAUACCUAUUGUGCCACUUCUGAGGUGAAACCGGGACUUUAUCAGGAUGAUGAACCAGAUACUCAAAUCCCAACACAAAAUCCAGCAGCAUCUAAUCCAAAUACCUCCACGGGGGCAUGUGGGAAUCAGCCACAGAAGACCGGGUUGACUCCGGAAGAGGCUCUUGCUGAAGUGAUGCAGAUGCAGCUACAGAUGCAAAUGGCUCAGGAUUUUGCACAGAUGAUGGCUUCAUUCAAUCUUAGUCAUUUGGCACCUUGA